AUGCCUUCCUCCACGCUGGACCAGAGUCAAUUCGACUCCAUCCCCUCCUGCAUCGAGUCCUUCAAGAACGGUGAAUUCCUCGUCGUCCUCGACGACCCCUCCCGCGAGAACGAAGCCGACCUCAUCAUCGCCGCCGAGAGCAUCACCAAGGAGCAGAUGGCCUUCAUGGUCCGCCACUCCUCCGGCCUCAUCUGCGCCCCCAUCAGCGCCGCCCUGACGGACAAGUACGCCCUGCCUCAGAUGGUCGCCAAGACCGAGGACCCCCGCGGCACCGCCUACACCGUCUCCGUCGACGCCUCCCACGAGUCCGUCACCACGGGCAUCAGCGCCCACGACCGAGCCCUCGCCUGCCGCACCCUCGCC